AUGGAAGAAACUGCAGAGAAUUUAACUACGACCAGAAGUGUCAAACUAAGUAGUGCAUGGCUGGAUCUUUUCAAAAGUGUGUUUCUGAGCACUCCUCAGGACCUCCCUGAAAUCAUCCUGAUACUGUCUUUGAUCUGUACUAUUGGAGCAUUUUUGAACAUGCACCUGAAAGACUUUCCAAUUCCUCUUCCUGUGAUACUGUUUUUAAUUGGAUGCUGUUUUGAAAUUCUAAGUUUUGCAUCUACCCAGAUCCAGAUAUAUGCAGAUGCCAUACAGUGGGUGGAUCCAGAAAUGUUUUUUGGUUUAUUUACGCCAGUAAUUAUCUUUAAUGUCGCAUUUGACAUGGAUAUAUAUAUGCUCCAGAAGUUACUAUGGCAGAUACUUGUAAUUACGAUUCCUGGAUAUGUGAUGAAUUAUACCUUAAUACUUUGGUAUCUGCAAUCUGUGAAUAAAUUGGAUUUGAAGACUAUCCCUUGGCUAUUAUUUUCAGCUGUUCUUAUAAGUUCUGAUCCUAUGCUGACCUCAGCCUCCAUCAGAGACCUUGGUCUUUCUAGAAGCCUCACAAAUUUAAUUAAUGGAGACAGUCUAAUGACUUCGGUUAUAUCUUUAAUUAUAUAUAGUGCCGUUGUGAGGAUCAACUUCCAGUCAAAACACAUGAACCAUACCCUAGCCCAUAACAUCAUAUCCACAGCUUGGGCAUAUAUUUUCGAAAGCUUCAUAUUUGGAAUCCUGAGCACGAAGCUGAUCCAGCUAUGGAUGUCUACCAUUUUUGGGGAUGAUGUCAAUCACAUCAUUUUCAUUUUUUCGGUUUUCUACCUCAUCUUUUACAUUUGUGAGAUCAUUGGAUUGUCUGGGAUAUUUACUGUGGCCACCAUGGGACUUUUUCUAAAUUCUACAAGUUUUAAACCAGGAGUGGAAGCAUUUCUCCUUGAAUUCUGGAAUUGUCUGUCCUUCGUUAGUUUUCUUAUGGUGUUUACUUUCAUUGGACUUCUAAUCCCUGCACAAACAUAUUUGUAUAUAUCAUUUUCUGAUGUAUAUUAUUCAUUAAAUAUCUGCUUCACACUGAUUGUUUUAAGACUCCUGGUGUUUCUCCUAAUGAGCCCCGUUUUGUCUCGACUUGGUCAUGGGUUCAGCUGGCGCUGGGCGUUCAUCAUGGUCUGGAGUGAAAUGAAAGGGACACCGAACAUAAACAUGGCCCUUCUGCUUGCUUACUCUGACGUCUCUGUUGGUUCCGAGAGGGAAAAAUCUCUAAUAUUAUUUCAUGGAGUGUCAGUAUGCUUAAUUACCCUGAUUAUCAAUAGAUUGAUUUUGCCAAUGGCAGUUACAAAACUAGGUCUUCGUGAUGUAACAUCAACAAAACAUAAAUCAGUUUAUUAUACAUUCCAACACUUCCAAGAGCUAACCAAGUCUACAGCCAUGGCACUCAAAUUUGACAAAGAUCUUGCUAAUGCUGACUGGAACAUGGUUGAGAAGGCAAUUAUACUUCAAAAUCCAUAUGCAUUGAACCAAGAAGAAACAACAGAGCAUCAGAAGGUGAAGUGUCCAGACUGUAACAAGGAAAUAGAUGAGACCCUCAACAUUGAAGCAAUGGAGCUGGCCAACAGGCGUCUCCUCUCAGCACAGAUAGCGAGCUACCAACGACAAUACAGGAAUGAGAUCCUAUCCCAGAAUGCAGUGCAGUUGUUGGUAGGUGCAGCCGGAAGCUUUGGUGAGAAGAAGGGAGAGUAUAUGAGUCCUGAGAACUUAAAGAGUUAUUCUGAAGGCAAAAAACUCCUCUCCUUCCUUAGAAAAUUACUACUCAACUGGGUAUAUAAUACUAAAAAAGAUAAAGGGGUUCCAUCGAGAUACUUCUUUCAUCAUGUAUGCUAUAAAAUAGUCUUUACAGAUGAAUUUGAAUACAUUGGAUACCUUGCUGUAUUAAUGAACAUAUUUCCUAUGACAAUCUGUUGGAUAUCCCGCAUAAAUGCCAUCUAUGAAAAUGAAAUAAAGUGUGCUAACUACUAUUUCCUUGUCUUUUACUUUCUAGAGGCUCUACUUAAGAUGGCAGCAUUGAGGAAGAAAUGUUUUUCACACACCUGGUUCUUGUUUGAGCUGGGGAUUACCUUAAUUGGCAUCAUAGAUUUAAUACUUAGAGAAACAAACUCCAUUAAUUAUAAUUUUGACUUAAGUGAGACUGUGGUCUUCAUGAACGUCAUUCGACUCCUUCGUAUACCACGCAUCUUGAAGCUCAUAACACCAAAGCUGCUGCAAAUAAUAGACAAAAAGUUGAGCCAUCAGAUAUCCUUCCGGUAUUCUAUACUCAAAGGCUAUGUCCAAGGGGAAAUGGAUGUACUGAAUAUAAUCGAUCACAUUGCAAGUUCCAAACAAGCGAAACAGAUAUUGUUAAAGCGGGUAGUGAGGAACAUGGAGCAUGCUAUGAAAGAGCUCGGCUACUUAGAGUAUGAUCAUCCAGAAAUUGCUGUCACAAUGAAAACCAAGGAGGAGAUUAAUGUCAUGCUCAAUAUGGCUAGAGAAAUUGUCAAGACUUUCCGGACCAAAGGAAUUCUACAUAAAAUGGAAGAUACUGAAAUUAGUAAGUUAAUCAUGGCCAAAAAGAUUGAGGUACUUGAUAUGCAGUCCAUCGUCCAGCCUCUCAACAUUGAAGAAUCCCCAUACUAUAUCCCCUGGCUGAGUAAAGAUGCUGAAGCCAUACAAUUUAUUCAGGAAAAAGCAAAAGUUGUAACAUUUGAUUGUGGAAAUAACAUAUUUGAAGAAGGUGAUGAACCAGAAGGAAUCUACGUAAUAAUUUCAGGCAUGGUCAAGCUUCGAAGGUCAAAGCCGCAGCUGGAGCUGGAGCGGGUACCCUCGGAGUCAGACAUUAAAACUUACACUCAUCAUUACACAGAGUAUUUACUCAGCGGGGAAAUAAUAGGAGAGCUCAAUUGUCUGACGAGACAGCCGAUGCAGUAUUCAGCCACCUGCAAGACCGUCGUGGAGACAUAUUUCAUUCCCAUCAGCCACUUGUAUGAAGGUUUUGAAAAAAGAUAUCCUAACCUAAAACAUAAAAUGUGGCAAAAAAUCGGGCUUGCCAUUACUGCCCAAAAGAUCCGGGAACACUUACCUUUUGAGGACUGGAACUACAAGAUGCAGUUGAAACUCUGCAACGUCUUCAUCCGGGACAUCCCCAAGACCACAAAAACCGACAUCUACGAUGAGACUGUAACCCACGUUGUCCUAAUCCACGGAGCUGCAGAAGACUGCCAGUUGCGAAAAAUUUACAAGGCACCUUUCCUAAUUCCUGUGACAUGCCACCAGAUACAAGGCACUGAAGAAUUCACAAAAGUAAUGAUUAUUCAAACCUCAGUUGCUGCAAGGAAAUUCAGAUGGAAUGUAAAAAAGUAUAUACCACCUCGAAGAAUUUCAGUGAAACCAGAUUGUAUAGAAGAAUCACUUGAAACCCUGGAGGAGACCUCUGAAGAAGAGAAGAAUGCCAAGGCAGAGGUAACGUGA